AGAGACAAAGUGCUGGCGCCCGCGAGUCAUGGCUGCAAAGAGCUUCGCUUCCCGUCUCAGGGACUCGCGGCGAUUUCUGAAUGGCUUCUUGGCCGGGGCUGUAGUGGGCGCCGCGGGAGCGGGGCUGACGGCGCUGCAGUUUUUCCGGCGUCCGGACGCGGAAUCCGCGAAGCUGGCGAGGCAGCCACACGGUGCAGCACAGUGCCUGGUACAGAAUUGGCCUUCAGAAUACCCGGAGGCCUGCUUCUCAGGUGUUUCUAGAUUCUGUCAAAUUGACAACAUCACAACAAGAAUGUUUGAAGGCGUUUCCGUAAAGAAUAUCUGCUACCCAGUCUUCCUAAAUCUGCAGAAGAAGCUGUCUUGGAACAGUUUGGGUUUCCUUUAGCUGGAACAGAGACGAGGCGUUACACUAACCACGCCCUGUCUUACGAUCAGGCAAAACGGGUGCCCAGAUGGGUUCUUGAGCAUAUAUCCAAGGACAAGAUCAUCGGUGACGCUGACAGAAAGCAUUGUAAAUUCAAGCCGGAUCCUUCUGUCCCUUCAGCCUUCAGCGCCCUCAAUGAAGACUAUAUCGGGAGUGGCUGGUCACGAGGCCACAUGGCCCCGGCAGGAAAUAACAAGUUUUCCAGUGAAGCCAUGGCAGAAACCUUUUACCUUUCUAAUAUCGUGCCUCAGAAUUUUGAUAAUAACUCCGGCUACUGGAACAGAAUAGAAAUGUAUUGUCGUGAGCUGACGGAGAGAUUUGAAGAUGUUUGGAUAGUAUCAGGACCUUUAACCUUACCUCAUACUAGGAAUGAUGGAACGAAAACAGUUAGUUACCAGGUGAUUGGUGAGGACAACGUGGCCGUCCCCUCGCACCUUUACAAGGUGAUCCUGGCUCGCAGAAGCCCGGAAUCUACGGAGCCGCUGGCGCUGGGGGCCUUUGUGGUGCCAAAUAAAGCCAUUGGGUUCCAGUCCCAGUUAUCCGAGUUCCAGGUGAGCCUCCAUGACCUGGAGAAGAUGUCAGGUCUGGUGUUUUUCCCCCGUCUGGAUAGAAGCAGGGACAUCCGGAAUAUUUGCUCUGUGGACACCUGCAAGCUCCUGGGUUUCCAGGAAUUCACUCUGUACCUGAGCACGAGGAAGAUUGAUGGAGCCCGGUCUGUGGCCAGACUGGAGAAGGUUCUGGAAGCUUUGAAGAGCUCAGGGGUGGAACCUGACGAUUACUUCCUGAGUCGCUAUGAGAAAAAGCUGGAGGAACUGAAGGCUAAGGAGCAAAAGGACGCCCAGCUGGAAAAGCAGUCCUAGUGUCUGUCUCGGUGUGCACUGAGCACCUGUGACCAACAGGUUUAUUUUCAAGAAAUGAUGGAAUUCUGACCAAAAUCCUCCAAAGACUCGGGGCUCAAAACUCAGUGUCGUCCUUCUCUGGGAUCCGAGGUGGCUGAGAUGGUUUUAAAACUCUGCUCUCACGUGCUCCUUCCCUCAUGACCCUGAAGUCCUCCCAUCUGUCUGUGUUGGAGAAUCCAGUGACUGUUCUUCCUCUGUGCAAACCCUGCUGUCCCAUCUUACCUGUGGGCAAGAUGAGGCUCAGAGAACUCUGUAUCUUUACCAUUGGUAUUCAACAGAAGUCAUCCAGGGUGCCUCAGAGUCAAGACAGAGUUAGAUGGAUGUAACUCAGUCCGUACCUGCAUCCACGGCUGUUUCUGGCACUACAGCCCUCCUGGUGAGAAGGGUGUGUCUCUUCUCGCAUCAUUUCUGUGGGAAAAAACAGUGGGUCUUGGAAAGAUGGAGAUGUUUUGUGGGUUUAACCAGAGACUGUGGUUCCCUCCAGGGAUCACAUGGUGCCAGAUAAGUAUGUUUCUUGCCUCAUUGGGGCCUUUCUAAAGGAGCCCAAGAAAGGUGUUUGCCAAGAGUCGCCGGGUACCUCUGGUCCUGCUGUCUGCUGGACCAGCACACCACAGGUAGGUAUAGCCUGGGCCCAAGGUCCGAACCAGCUCAUUGCCUGGGGAAAGAGCAGCUGCUGUCUGUGCUGACCUCCAGACUGGUUUAUACAGAUCUUGAGCUGUCCUGAGUCCAUGCGCACAGCCCAGAAGCUUCUGGGCAAAAGGACUCGUCUGAAUCUGCCACUCUGCCACUGUCCUCCAAGCAAUACGAGAGUGAUCUUUGUGGCAUUGUGUUUGCCUCCGAUAGAAAUGCAUGACUUUACAAUAAAGACAAGAAGGCUCUGGCUGACCCUCUUCUGCUCCUUCAUUUGGAGAAAAAGAAACUGUCAGGUGUAGGACACAGUGACGGAUUAGCUCCGUUCUGCGGUACCUUCCUCUUCCCCAUUAACUUGUGCCAGUCCUUCUGAGGAUAGAAAGCCAAAAUGUCACCAUGACCGAAAAAAAAAUCUGUUACUUUCUCUCCUCAGAAAAGAGGUGAUGGCGGGGCCUGAGUGUUUCUCCAGCAGCCCUGGGAAGGAGGCUGAGGCUCCUCCUGCCUGUGCCCCAGGUUCCCACCAUGUGUUUAUGCAGCCGAGCUCCUCCUCCUGUUGCCGUGCUCUCCUCUGCUGGCCUGGCUUGCUGCUGGCUUUGGAGUUGCUUCCCACACUCUCCCUACUCAGGAAGAAUCUUGUCUGUAUCAGAAAGUUUCUGUAGCCUGGGAUUUUAUUUCUUAUGGCAGAUGCUACCUGGCCAUUGUAAGACAGAAAUAAGAGCAAACCAAAAAGACAGCACGCCUGACUGCAUAUUUAUUUAUUUAUUUAUUGAAUCUGUAUUUCUUAUGAGUGUUUUGCCUGUUUGCAUCUGUGCAUACCACACGAGUGCCUGUUGCCCACAGAGGUUAGAAGAGCUCAUUGGAUACCCUGGAAAUGGAAUCCCAGAUGGUUCUGAGCCACCGUGUGAAUGCUGGAUUCUCUGCAGUUGAAUCGGGGUUCUCUGCAAGAGCAGCCAGUGCUCUUGAGCCCCGAUCUCAGAUUUUAUGUGUGAAAUAUCUAUUGACAUAUAACACUGAUCCUUGAAUUGUCCUGUGAACAUUUGCAUUAAGAGGACCCAAAACAAACACUUAAAAUGGCCCCUCAGUGUGACUGUCCGUUUUUCUGGAUUGCAGUGCAGCAGAUUCCUGGGCCAUACUUGAGUAUCAAAUGUGUCAGAGGCAGACGUUGUAGCCAGUCAAACCUGAGUGGGGUCACUGUCUGUUCGUCACCUCAGUGGGCUCCCUCAGGUUCUUGGGCUGAGCCUUCUGGGCCAUUCACCCUUCCAGUUCCUGGUCUGAAGAAAUGACCAGGCUGGGUUGGCUCUGCUGUGGGAAGUCCCUGUCUCGGGGAGGGAGAUUUAAUUCUUAAUCUUUCAUCAUUUCUAGUGAUGUCUUCAAGUUCUUUGGUCUUUGGACUAAGGCUGUUGGCCAAAGCUGAAUACAGCAAAAGCCUUACUGGAAGUUAGAGAGGUUAGGGAGAGGGAUGCGAGCCCCUGAACUGCGCUGCCAUUUCUGCUCUUACAUCUUAACCAGCAGAGACCUCUACCCUUCUCUUCGGCCUUUGACGAGUGCCCAGCAGGAGAGGCAGUCUGCUCUUGAGGGAAUGGCUUCCUGCAGAGCUGUGCUCAGUUUGCAGCCUGACACUGGCAUGAUCCUGUGUGCCUCCAUGUCACCUGUGCGCCCUGCCUCAUCUGAGAGGGUAUUGUUGAGCUCACUCCGUUUGUGGCAGACUUCCUGUUAACGGCUUGUGAGGGGUAGGAUGUGCCCUGCCAACUGCACCCACAGCCUGUGCACCUGUGAAAGCCCUGCAGUUCUUGGGAGAGGAGGCCUGACUGGUGGAAGUGGGUCAGUAGAAGCAGGCUUUGAAGGUUAACCCCCUCUCGCUUCGGGCCUGUGUGCUUUGCUUUCUGUCUGCCGCCAUAGAAACAUAUAAACCUCUGGAGACUGCUGUUCCUGUUGCCCUGCCUCCCAUACCAUAGUGGACUGGAAUCCCAGCGCUGUCGGAUCAAAUAAAUCCUUCCCGAAGUUGCUUCUGA